AUGUUGGAAGGCAAAGUAUUGAUCCAAAACACAGACAUGCCUCCAAAGAUUCAACCCCAAGCCAUGUCUUUAGCCUCUGAAGCUCCAGAUCUUUUCUAUGUUUUUUACUGCAAGAACAUUGCAGCUCAUAUCAAGAAGAAGUUUGACAUGAUCAAUAGACCUGGAUGGUAGUGUGUUGUAGGCUCAAACUUUGGAUUUUUCACUCACACUCAGGGAACUUUCAUUUAUUUCUGUUUGAAAACUCUUUAUUUUCUUAUCUUCAAAGGAGCUUCAUCUUCUGAACAAUUAGGACUUAUUGGAUCUUAG